AUGUCGAAAAGUAAUGUGAUUGUAUUGAAACCAACUGAACAAACACCACUUAGUGCACUUUACUGUGCUGCUUUUAUCAAAGAGACUGACUUUCCACCAGAUGUUGUCAACAUCAUACCAGGUGAUGGGCCUGAAUGUGGUUAUGCAAUUGCUGUUCACGCACAUAUUGAUAAAGUAGCUUGUGCUGGUUCAGUUGAAGAUGAGUAUUCUAUAAGACUUUCAAAUAAUCAAGUUGAUUCUAAUACUGAACAAGGAUCACAAAUAAAUGAUAGUCAAUUUCAAUGGAUUUUGGAUUUUAUAGAAUCAGAUUACAAGUUUGGAGAUAAAUUAGAAUGUGGUGGCGAACGAGUUGAUAAUAAAGAUUAUUUUAUCAAAGCAACUAUUUUUAAUGAUGUAAAAGAUGAUAUGCAAAUUACUCAUGAAGAGAUAUUUGGUUCAGUAAUGUCAGUCUUAAAUUUUUCAGUAAGACGUGGUCUUACGUUGGCUCAUCAAAUACGACCUGGCUCUAUUUGGAUAAAUACUUAUAAGACUAUAUGUGAUCAAGCACUAUUUGAUGGCUUUAAACAAUCAGAUCAGGAAAGAGAAUUAGGUCGAUAUGGUCUCGAAGCAUACUAUCAAAGUGAUCCUGAUAAAGCAAUUGAAGCUGCUGAAAAAGGUUUCCAAUAUGAUUCACCGUGGCUCGAUGUUCCUGUUCGAACUGCUCAUAGAGCAGUUUUCACUCAUACAGAUCAAGUAUGCUUUGCUGCAUUAAGAAUAUAUGUUCAUUCCACACUUCACGAUGCCUUUGUGUCUAAAAGUGUCGAAUUAGCAAAGACGCGUAUUGUUGGUGAUCCAUUUGAUCUUACAACUGAACAAGGACCAUAG